AACAAGAUCGUUGCUAGGAGACUGAAGGCGGGCUUGGGGAGAUGCGCCUUUGCUUCCAGGUUUGCGCGACUCUUGCGAAGUAACGUGACUCGAGUUAAGUGGGCGGUCUCUCGAGUUCAAAACUCUUUGUGUACAUUUUCCGAAAACGUUUAUAGCAUUCUGCGCAUCUGUCGGUAGCGAUUUAACUGGCGUAAGAUUGUGUCAUUGGAGAUACGCAUUCAUGCAGAGACAUUUUGCAACGGCCUUGAUGACUCGUCGUGAUGCCUUAAGCUAACUAGAACAUUUAGUGGGCCAAUAAUGGGCCCCAAUGGAAUCAAGCGAUCAGUUCUGCAGGUGGUCUUUUCAGAUUGCCAGGCUGGCCUUGGUGUGAAAAUCACAGGUGGCUCUCGGAAAAUCUCUGGAAAAGAAUAUGGCAUCUAUAUAAAGCGAAUUCUGCCUGGAGGGAUGGCUGCAGUAGAUGGACGAUUACAAACUGGUGACCUAAUUUUGGAGGUUAAUAAUGAGAGCCUGCAUGGUGUCACCAAUGAAAGAGCAGUUGAAAUCUUGCGGACUGCUUCUGCCUCCAAUCACUUGUCACUCCUGAUUACAAGAGACGAAGAAUCCAAAAGGGAAUACAUGGAGCUGUUGAAGUGUAGCCCUAAUACAAAUUCAGAGUGCCUCUCUCCAACUCCUCCAAUGCCUGAUUCCUCUUCAAGAUCUUCAAGUCCUCAACUACAAAAUCCCAAAGAUUUUAAUGGCUUUAUUGAUGGUGCUGUUAAGCUGAUUUGUAUUUCCAGUGGAACAGGGCUGGGCCUCAGCAUUAUAGGAGGAACCAACAGGCCUGAAGGCCCAAUGGUGUUCAUUCAGGAAAUUAUACCUGGUGGAGACUGUCACAAGGAUGGGCGCCUUCAACCUGGGGACCAGCUUGUUUCUAUAAAUAAGGAGUCCUUAAUUGGUAUAACUCAUGAGGAAGCAAAAGGCAUCUUGACUAGGACAAAGUUACGGCUUGAAUCGAUCAUGGAAAUUGCCUUCAUUAGAACAACAACAGGUAGCUCCAGCGGCUUACCCAGCUGUCUUAUUGGUAUGCCUUUAGCUAGCAGCGUUGAUGAAGUCAUGAAGCCUUCUGGAGUUUCCUCUCUCUCUUCUGCAGCAAGGAUGGGAGCAUGUGCUGAUAGCCUUAUCCCUAAACUAACCUCGACUCCUAAUUCUGAGAGUGACCCAUUCUCAUCAGGAAAACUUCACAAAGUAUCAUCUAAGAAGUUCUCUUCUGAAAGUCAUCUCUCUGAGUUUCCCAGUCCAGGUAUCUUGUCUGCUAGUGCGAGUUCAAUGUCAACAUCUGCUUAUGGGAGUAAGAGCUGCUCCUCCCAUGGAGUGGCUUCCAUCAAGGCAUCUGCUCGUCUAAAACUUCAGAAGCUGGAGAAGGCUUUGAAGUAUCUUGGCAUAAAUCCCACUGAAGAGCAGCAGAGGACACUCCGGAAGCUGCUGAAGACAGAUUCUAAAGGGACUGUAUCUUACUCAGAUUUUGUUCAGAUUGCCACAGAUCUGUUUAAGUUGCAGGUCGAUGAAUUUGGAAUUGGACAAGGGCUUUUAACUGCUGGUCUUACAGAUAUUUUGGAACCAAUAGAUGAAAGUAAGUGUAUUUGUUUGGAUUCUGGAGAACUUGUAGAAACAGAGCAACUACUUCAAAUGGCAGCUUUACAGGAGGUGAAGCAGCUGCAGGCACAGCUCAUUGAAUCUGAAACCAUGCGUUCUCAGCUACAAGAGGAACUUAAGAAGACUAAACAGGAAACAAAGGCUGCGGUGGAAGAAGCUAGGGCUCUGCGGAGUAGGAUCCAUCUUGCAGAGGCAGCUCAGAAGCAGGCUCGAGGAAUGGAGAUGGACUAUGAAGAGAUCAUUCACCUUUUGGAGGCUGAGAUUUCUGAACUGAAAUUACAGCUGGCUGAUCAGCCAAGUCAUAUCAAAGAGGAGCUACAGGAUUUGAAAAAAAGAGUGGCAGUUCUGGAGUGCCAGCUUCGUAAAUCUGAGGUCACAAAGAAGACUUAUGAGGUCUCUACAGAAAAAUUGCUGAAAUUUGUUGAGGUUGUUCACGAGGUUUUAAUGGACAAUCCAGCCACCCUUACAAACCCAAGCUCAGGAAGUGAUCGUAAACUGGGCAUCUCCUGUCACACACUUGCAGUACAGCUGGGACGAAGGAGACCCCGUUCAGGUCCUGCUCUAGCCACAGAAGCAAGAGAUCUUAGCCGGUCUAUCCGAUCCAUCCUGGAAGUAGAGUGUCUCCCAUAUGGAUGGGAAGAGGCUUACACAGCAGAUGGAAUCAAGUAUUUUAUCAACCAUGUGACUCAGACAACCUCGUGGACUCAUCCAGUGACCAGUACACUCAGCUUGCCAUACUCUGACAAGGAAGAAACUACAAGAGGACAAUGUGAAAAUCAGAACUGACUGUUGACAUGAGCAUUGUACUCCCAGCCCCGACUGUGGACAUAUAAAUGCUUUGCUACGGGAUCUCUUGAAAUUAAACUGUAAAUUUAGUUUUUUCUUUUUUAAUAUUUCAGUGAGUGUCUCCAUCCCUGAAGAAAUUGUUAGAACUUCUACGGCUGUCAGUUUUUAAGUUCUAUACUGCAAUAGAUACCGUGUGAAUCACAGAGGGCAACACUUCAAAGUCCCUUGCACAGUUACUUCAUAAAAUAAGUGCCACAUUUCUGGUUUUCACAUGAGACUGAAGGAGAGGAUGGCACAUCAGAUCUGCUCAGCCUUCUAAACAAUGAUGCAUUUCUCCUAAAAUCAUCAAUUCUUAUCUGAAUGGUGUUGUGCUCCGAGGUGAUAACCACUUUUAUAUUCUGUGUUGACAAGAGUUUGACGUGCAAGCCAAUCGAACACUUCAGUGACAAUAUUUCACUAUUGCUUCUAAGUGAAGUGGACCUAACCAAAUCUCCACACAGGGAUUCCUGUGAAAAUACAUGUUUCUAAGAAAGGAAAACAAAAUUCAGAUCCAAAGACAAAGGCUGGCCUGGUAUCUAAACCUGAGAUUUCAGAACUUUACAGAUAACUGAGCGUUCUGAGAGGAAACCACAUAAGAGACUCAUGGUUUUAUAAAUGCUGUAAAGUCAGCAUUUCAGAACUGAAUCCUGUCCUAAAUGACUACAGGAAGCUGGAGGAUUUGAAUUAGACAGUGGAAAUAUAUUUACACCAAAUGUGUUGCUAUGAACCAUGACAUAAGGCAGUUUUUCUUCUUACUGGCUGCAGAUAGACAGAAGAAGACAUUUACUCUUGAAGCAUGAUAUAGACAAAAUAAUCUCUUUGACCUAUGUGCAAGGCAGUAGCAUGCAAAACAGUUCAGAGAAGCGAUUCUCAUCUUCAAGCCAAAGAAUGAGAGAAAGAAAAAGGCUUGAGUUCAGUUUAAACAUUCAGUUGACAUGAAGACAGGCAUUUUUCAUCUUUGAAAUAUACAGUAAAGUGAACACUUUUUUUUGUUUUGACUUUUAUGAGAUUAGAGGACAUUCUAUAUUUGUUACCCUUAGUCUGCAGCAAUGUAUACUGACUAGUGCCUUUCUGACUAACUGCCCAUCAAUUAUAUACCAAAAAUCUUUUCCCAAGAGGAAAUUUUGCCUUGAGCUGUCUGUCCUGCUGGGUAUGCAGCAGGUAAAGUGGAGUAGGACUGUUGUUGAAUUACAAUUUGGAAAGUGAGAAUACCAUGGUACUGCAGUGAUAUUACUGAAUGUCUACACUUGACCACAACUCAAAAGUACAAGAUUUACAUAUGUUUGAGAAAUGUUAGAUUCAAUGUUAGAUACACUACAGUCUGAGACAACAGGGCUGCUGUCAGUGUCAGUGAAAGGGAAUGAAAAAAGAAAUGAAGGAGCAUUUCUAUAGGUGCACAGUGUUUAUUUUGUUGUACACAUACAUGUAAAUAUAAACUGUGUGUAUCUGCAUCAUUAUGUCGCUGCAUAUGUUACACUAGUAUAUUAAAUCUCUUUAGUGUUCAUGGGUAUCUUAGCCCUCAGUGGCCUCUCAGGCUCAGUGAAGUUUAUAAUGUGAGACCUUUCCCUGCGUGGCGAGGAAUAACGCGUACAGUAUAAUUAACAUCCUCAUUAGAAUUGUUGCCUUAUCAGACUAAAAUUCCUCUGUUCCUGCUCAUUAGUUGUAUGUUUUCUGGGUCAUCCUAAUUCAGUCUUUAUUUUAAAAUAUAUAUUUUGUUACAUUUUGUCAUAGUGUGCAACACUAGACUUUACAGAACAAUGCAAAUUAUUGGUUAGAUUCCAUUGCCUUUCAAGAUUUUGUUCUGUCUGAAUGUACUGCGAUGCUCUGGCCCUUCCCUGAAUUUGGACUACUAAAACAGAACUGAAUAUCUGAUCCCAUCUCCAAGAAGAGGUGUCAUGGAGAUAUAAGACAAGCCAUGAAGCCCCUUCACUUGGGAAGCUUUGAUUUGCUUCAGCAAUCUGACUGCCCUCAAGGUUUUAGUUGUAUGCAAAUUUGUCAGUCCAUUAUCAAACAGGAGGAUGAGCAGUAGUCAUCAGCAUUUAACUGGAAAUACACAUCUGGUUGUUGGUGUAAACCUUGUGUAUUAUGCUCACCAUUUUCCUCUGCCCCCAUUCUGCUUUGGAUAAUAGCAUUGUCUCUUCAUCUGCAGUCAGAUCUUGCCUGUUGAUGACAUGAAAGGUUGGCUCCCCUGAGUAAUGGCUGACUGUGUGACAAAGAUAGAUCAAGUUCUGCAAAUUGAAUAAUGUUAUUUUUACUUUUCACUCAGAGCUGACUUUUUCCUAAAUUGAAACCUGUUUAGUGUAACACUUGUAUUUAUUCCAUGACAGAGUCUUGUUUUCCCCCUUCCUGCUCUACAAAGCUGUGUUCAUGAGUGGUUUAUAAAUAAACACCUGACAGUUGUUUUCUGACAA